AUGGCGGAGAAUGACCUUUACAACCUUGAAGUACUCUCGCUAGUCGCCAAAAUUACCCAGGAGAUUGACAACUAUACUGGCAUUAACGAUAAAACACUCGCUGAAUUUGUCAUAUCUCUUCACGACCAAUCUAAAUCACUUCCCGACUUCAAAUCACAGCUCAGUAAUGCUGGCGCUGAAUUCCCAGAGUCCUUCGUUGAGAACGUGGAUCGUUUAAUCUUGAGCUUGCAUCCGAAGCACAAGAAGACAUCCAGUUUAGUUAUCAAUGGCGCCUUAAACGCCCAAACAAACGGAGACGCUCUCGACCGUGAAAAGGACAAGCAGAAACGACUUUUUCCUGGACUCUCUGUGCCGGACAAGGAUGUUCUUAUGAAGGAGGUGGAUGAUAUGAUGGCUCAGUUUGAAGGUGUCUCGAAGAAGACAAGAACAGCACACGAGGAUGAGAGGUCUACGAAGCGGCAGCGAAGAGACCAAUCUCGGUCACAAUCACCACGCCGCCGUAGUCCAAGUCCUGACAGGGGUCGCAAUUACAACGGAAGGAGGGAUGACUUGAGGGGGAGAAACGGAGAUGCAGGCAGGGCCCGUUUGGAUGAGCGGCCAGUAUUGUUUAAAAUCUACGAUGGCCGAAUAUCAAGUCUCAAAGAUUUCGGCGCUUUUGUGCAGCUAGAGGGCGUUGGGGGACGUAUGGAAGGCAUGGUGCAUGUUUCUAAUAUUCAGCAAGGUGCACGUGCCAACUCUGCAUCAGAUCUCCUUAGCCGUGGACAACAGGUCAAGGUCAAGGUGAUGAGCAUUGCGGGCGCCCGUAUUGGUCUAUCUAUGAAGGAUGUAGAUCAAGUUACGGGUCGCGAUCUCACUCCUCACUUGCGGAUCAGGUCUGAAGCCGAGAUGGAGGAAGAGCGACAGCGAGCGGCUCGCGCAUCGUCUGGGGCCAAUGCGGUGCCGUUGCGCUCAAAGGAUGAACCAUUAACGACCCGGUCCGCCAAACGUCUGACCUCACCUGAACGAUGGGAGAUUAAGCAACUUAUAUCAUCUGGUGUCAUUGAUGCUUCCGAGUAUCCUGACCUUGAUGAAGACUUUAUCAAUCCUGUUGCUCGAGCAGAGGUCGAGGAGGAGCUUGAUGUCGAAAUCAGGGAAGAGGAACCGCCAUUCUUGGCCGGUCAGACGAAACGCACCCUUGAUCUCAGUCCUGGGGGCGCGGCUUUGGCUAAAGAGCGACGCGAGCUUCGACAACAAGAAGCGAACGAGCAAGCUGACUCUGAAGCUCGAGACUUUAGUGCACCAUGGCUCGAUCCUAUGGCGAAGGAGUCAGACAAAAUGUUUGCUCAAGACCUUAGAGGAGAAUCGACAUUCAACAAGGCUACAACAUAUGGUGAAAUCACAAGUCGCAGCAUACAGGAGCAGCGGAAGAGUCUGCCUAUUUUCAAGCUUAGAGACGCUCUGUUAAAGGCCAUUGAAGAGCAUCAAGUCCUUAUUGUUGUUGGAGAUACUGGCUCUGGCAAGACAACGCAAAUGGUGCAAUACCUCGCUGAGGCUGGCUUUGCUGACAAAGGACGCAUCGGCUGUACACAACCGCGUCGUGUGGCUGCCAUGUCAGUCGCAAAGCGUGUUGCAGAAGAAGUAGGAUGCCGUCUUGGUCAAGAAGUUGGCUACACUAUCCGUUUCGAAGAUUGUACGAGCCCGGAAACGAAGAUCAAAUACAUGACGGAUGGUAUGUUGCAGCGUGAGUCGGUGAUUGAUCCGCUCUGUAGCCAAUACUCCGUGGUCAUGCUUGAUGAAGCUCAUGAACGGACUAUCGCAACCGAUGUCUUGUUUGGUCUUCUCAAAAAGGCUGCGACUCUGGACGCGGAGAAAUUCUCGAAGUACUUCUUCGGGUGCCCAAUUUUCACAAUCCCCGGUCGCACAUACCCUGUUGAGAUCCUUUACACUAAAGAGCCGGAAUCCGACUACCUGGACGCGUCAUUAAUUACCGUCAUGCAAAUCCACUUGUCUGAGCCCCCAGGUGAUAUCCUCCUCUUCUUGACGGGCCAGGAGGAGAUUGAUACCUCAUGCGAAAUUCUCUUUGAGCGUAUGAAAGCUCUGGGUCCGAAGGUGCCAGAUCUUAUCAUCCUCCCCAUCUAUUCUGCCCUUCCCUCCGAAGUACAGUCUCGCGUCUUCGAACCUACUCCUCCUGGUGCCCGCAAAAAACCUAGUUUGACCAUUCCUGGGAUUUACUAUGUCAUUGAUCCCGGGUUCUCGAAGCAAAAUGCAUACGAUCCGCGACUAGGAAUGGAUUCAUUAGCACGGCAGCGCUCUGGUCGUGCUGGUCGCACAGGUCCAGGGAAGUGCUACCGUCUAUACACGGAGGCUGCCUACCGGAACGAGAUGUUGCCCUCAUCUAUCCCAGAUAUUCAGCGCACGAAUCUUGCUCAUACUAUUCUGCUACUCAAGGCGAUGGCUAUCAAUGACCUUCUCAAGUCAUUAUAUGCGCUUUCGGCAUUGGAUGAUGAAGGUCUUUUGACCCGCUUGGGCCGCAAAAUGGCCGACUUCCCAAUGGAGCCGCCGCUUGCGAAGAUGCUCAUCGCCUCUGUCGAGCUCGGCUGCUCUGAAGAGAUCCUUUCUAUUGUGGCCAUGCUCUCCGUGCAAUCUGUCUUCUAUCGCCCAAAGGAAAAACAAGGGCAAGCCGACUCCAAGAAGGCGAAGUUCCACCAGCCAGAAGGUGAUCACCUCACCCUUCUGACGGUAUAUAAUGGCUGGAAAACCGCCAACUUUUCGAAUCCUUGGUGCUACGAGAACUUCAUCCAGGCAAGAAGUAUGCGGCGUGCGCAGGAUAUCCGCAAGCAGCUGGUGGGCAUUAUGGACAGAUACAAACAUGAUAUUCUUUCAGCAGGAAAGGAUUACAACCGUGUGCGGAAGGCAAUAUGUUCUGGUUUCUUCCGGAACGCGGCUAAGAAGGAUCCUCAAGAAGGCUACAAGACGCUUGUUGAGGGAACGCCCGUAUAUAUCCAUCCCUCUUCCGCUCUCUUCAACCGCGCGCCUGAAUGGCUAAUUUAUAAUGAGUUGGUGUUGACCACUCGCGAAUACUGUCACAACGUUACUACCAUAGAGCCAAAAUGGCUCGUAGAGGUAGCACCUCAGUUCUUCAGAGUCGCCGACGCCAACAAGAUCAGUAAGCGGAAGAGGCAGGAAAAGAUCGAACCGUUGUACAACAAGUACGAGAAACCCGACGAAUGGCGACUAUCAAAAGUCAAACGGAGUGCACGCUCGAGUCAAACAUUUGGUUAAAGCCUCGCAUGUCACUUGUUGAAUUAGUUUAUGAAUUAUCUGUAGUUGUAGAGUAUAAUGGCGCCGUUACAAGCUUGGUGCGAUUUGUUGCUUUAUUCCACAUUAGAUCAUUUGAAGAUAGCUGAUGCGGCAUGUUUCUAAUUGCGGCAUGCUUGCUAUGACCCUCGCGAUGAUGAUCCAGAUCCAAGAAACAAUGGGAGUCUUAGACUGGAAGACUAAGAAUAG